CCGGACCGUGCCCCUUCGGCUUCACGGCCGCCCCGGGGGCCCUGCCCUCGGUAGGUGCCAGCCUCGGUGCCGACCGGAUGGGCUGACCCGCGCACCGCCCCCUCCCACUCCCUUCCCCAUCCCGGUCCCCUCCCCCGCCUCUGGUGCGCACGGGCCCCAGCGUCUCCAGCCCCGCCCGCGCCGGGGUCGCUGCAGUCCCCGAGGCUGCCCCGCGCUCCCUCCCCAGGCGGCCCGGCCUUAAUCCAGCCUGGGGAGCGCCUCGGGGGGAGCGCGGGACAGAGAGGGAGGCCGAGGCGGGGACCCUGGGCGCCCGAGCUCUCCCGACCUGGGAGGCGGCCCCGACUCCGGGAGCCGGAACGCAGGGGAAGGCAAGGACGGGGCGGCCGGCGGAGGGGCGGGAGCCGCUCAUCAGCCACGCCAGUCACGUCUGGGGCCACCCGGCUGCCUUUUUCUUCCUUUCCCCCUUUGCUUUCUCCCCUCUCUCCGGUUGGCGAGGGCAAAGUGGCAGUGGCGGCGCCAUGCCCGGGCCGGAGUGAGUGCGCGCGGGCGAAAAUGGCGUACAUCCAGGAAGGUUUGCUCCUCUCCUGAAGUGUGGCUGCGUUGGAUAGCAUGACUAUCUAUCCACCCGCUCUGAUUCAUAACAGCAUACGGUGCAAAUCAGAUCGAAAUGCUAAAGUUUCCCGUUUAUUCGGUGUUGGUUAGCCAGGAGGCUGCCAGCAGCCCUGAAGGUAGCAACACCUUGUUAGGAGGUCAGCUCCCUUCCCAGGAUGGGCAGUUGGAACCUUUAAACGAGGGUUUUCUUUCUAGAAUCUCCGAUCUGCUGCUCUGCAGAUGGACUUGCCGGCACUGCUGUCAGAAGUGCUGUGAGUCCAGCUGUUGCCAGUCGAGUGAGGAUGAAGUUGAAAUUCUGGGACCUUUCCCUGCCCAGACUCCUCCCUGGCUGUUGGCCAGCCGGAGCAGUGACAAGGCCGGGGUCUCUGUCCACACAGCCAGUGAAGUCCCGCUGACCCCACGGACCAACUCCCCAGAUCGGAGAUGUUCAUCCUCAGACACGUCUAAAUCUACCUACAGCCUGACCCGGAGGAUUUCCAGUCUCGAGUCCAGAAGACCCAGCUCCCCGCUCAUCGACAUUAAACCCAUCGAGUUUGGCGUUCUCAGCGCCAAAAAGGAGCCCAUCCAGCCCUCAGUGCUCAGACGGACCUAUACCCCGGACGACUAUUUCAGAAAGUUCGAGCCCCGCCUGUACUCCCUUGAUGCCAACAGCGAUGACGUGGACUUUCUGACGGACGCGGAGAUCCUGUCCAAGUACCAGCUGGGCAUGCUGCACUUCAGCACCCAGUACGACCUGCUGCACAACCACCUGACGGUGCGCGUGAUCGAGGCCAGGGACCUGCCGCCCCCCAUCUCCCAUGACGGCGCCCGUCAGGACAUGGCGCACUCCAACCCCUACGUCAAGAUCUGCCUCCUGCCGGACCAGAAGAACUCCAAGCAGACCGGGGUCAAACGCAAGACCCAGAAGCCCGUGUUCGAGGAGCGCUACACCUUCGAGAUCCCCUUCCUGGAGGCGCAGAGGAGGACCCUGCUCCUCACCGUGCUGGACUUUGAUAAGUUCUCACGCCACUGUGUCAUCGGCAAGGUGGCCGUGCCCUUGUGCGAGGUCGACCUGGUGAAGGGCGGACACUGGUGGAAGGCGCUGAUUCCCAGUUCUCAGAAUGAGGUAGAACUGGGGGAGCUGCUUCUGUCACUGAAUUAUCUCCCGAGUGCCGGGAGACUGAACGUUGAUGUCAUUCGAGCCAAGCAACUUCUUCAGACAGAUGUGAGCCAAGGUUCAGACCCCUUUGUGAAAAUCCAGCUGGUACAUGGACUCAAGCUUGUGAAAACAAAGAAGACAUCCUUCUUAAGAGGCACAAUUGAUCCUUUCUACAAUGAAUCCUUCAGCUUCAAAGUUCCCCAAGAAGAACUGGAAAAUGCCAGCCUAGUGUUUACAGGAGCUGGCGCCCACACUGGCCUGCGAGGGAAGGUCUUUGGGGCUGAACCAUCAGCCAUUCCCUUCGGAAUCCUGAGUUGCAGACAUCGAGGAUGGGUAUCCACUGGCUUGGUGCCGGAGUUCCCAUUAUGCGUCUGCUUUCAGAUUUUCUUCUGCUUCAUUUUAUCGGGGCUGGAGAAGCAGCAGAGAGGCAGUCUGUGGGUGAGUCGUGGGUAGGGUCCUCUUCCAUCCUUGUUCAGGGUUACGUUGGCCUCCCAGUGGCCUCUUUGGUACAGAGGGGCCAAGAUGCUUAGAUGCCUGGACAAGUGCAUGAUAAAAUGAGGGUCCCCAGCCUCAUUACAAGAAGUUUCCCUAAGAUCCCGGCGUGUUCCCAAGGCAUUGGAGGACGAGGGCAAAUCAUUCUUCUCCCGGUUAUUGAGGGUGACUUGGAAAAGAAUUCACAGAAGGGAUAAUGGGAGCGGCAGGAAUUCAGUUGUAGCUCUUCUCCCCACUGAUCAUAAUAGCCAGCCUCUAUCAAGGCUCCCUGUGUCCCAGGCACUGUCGCAAGCACUGUCUCAGCUGUUCCUCACAGCAGCCACAUGGGGAAGGUACCAGUAUUAUUCCCAUUUCACAGAGGAGGAAACUCAGAGAGCUCAGGUGACCUGCUCAAAAAGCACUGUAUCAGUUGAGGUAAGGCUAGCAGCUGAAAUAGACUGAACGCUAGGGUUUUGUGGUCCUUAUUUCUUGCACACUGGCCUUUUGUGGGUCUUCUCCCAAGUAGCCUUCCACGUGGGGAUUCAGCGACCCAGGCCCCUUCCAUCUUGUGGCUCUGGCAUCUUCUCAGGCCUUGGAGGGUUUCAUCACCAGGUGGUGGGUGGGGGAGAGAGAGAGACAGUUGAGGAUUGCGUGUUGCCUGGGAAGUUCUUCUGGGGCAGGCCUGGAAGUUACGAAUAUCACUUCUGCUUCCAUUCAGACUCUGUUGGCUACAGCUCCCUGCAGAGGAGGCUGGGGAAUGUGGUCCAGCUGCUUGUCCAGGAAGAACAGGCUUUGGAGACUAUGCAGCCGUCUCUGCCCCAGGUACCCAGGAGGCACACAAAAGAGCCAGCCUGGGCCCUGGACCAAGGAGCCUGGGCCCUGGACCACCUUGCUCCGCUGCCUCCCUGAGCACCUGUUACCUGAGUUCAUGAUCAAUGUCAGUGGGGCAUCCCACACCACCACAGUCCAGGCUCAGGGAAUUCAGCCUAACAAGAGCAGUCCUUGCAGUGAAUUCACCAAAUACCCUGUGGUUGGCACGCCCUGGGUACCUGCUGAAGUAGCAAAGCUGUUAGACAGCUGGUUCUCAGCUGAACUGAGUUUUGUCACCUAGGGGACAUCUGGCGAUGUCCGGAGGGAUUUUGGGUUGUCACAACUCGGGGAAAGCUAUUGGCCUCCAGUGGGUAGAGGCCAGGGAUGCUGUUAAACAUCCUUACACUGCACAGGACAGAGGAGAACGUCAGGGCUGCUGAGGUUGGGACCCCCUGAGCUGGACUAAGCAACUCUGCUGGUCUCCUUGGGGUUUGUGGGUGGGGUGCUGGCCUCAGCCAGGAGCUGUGAAGGUUGGCGUGGGCUUGGAGCCGGUCCACUCCUGUGAUGCACCUGUUUGGGGCGUGUUUCUUCUCUCUGUGGCAUUUUCGCCUCUCAUCCUUCCCAGCAGUUUUGCUUAGCUGCUUGAGUGUGACAAGUUCUGGGGCAGAGCCUGUUGGCUGAGUCCGUGCUCAUCUGUGCAGCUUUCAGAUGGCUUCCCUGUUUCUGCCCAUAAACAUUGUGCCAGACAGAAACAUCUCACUCUGCAAACAAGCCCUGUGUCCCAGGUAGUAUGGCGUGGGCAGAUGACUGUGGCCUGGCUCAGCGGGAGACAGCGCUGGGCGACCCUCCUGGGAAGAUGAGUGUAGUAUUUUUCAAUCAGGUCUCUACUCCACCCUACAUUGUGGUUUACGGGUGCAUGUCACCUGCAUGUGGUGAUGUGAAGGGGUUACAUGGGACAAGGAGUACUGGAGGCUUUUUUAUGUUAUUAUAUGUAUGUAUAAAUUUAUAUACAUAUACGUAUGUCUAAUACAUAUGUGUAUAUAAUACGAACAUACAGGAGAGAGUAGAAUAAAAAGUAAA